AUGGCGGUGUGCAGAUUCUACCAGCAAGGCUAUUGCAAGUUCGGCAACAGCUGUCGCUACGAGCACCCCAAUGCCGGAGGCAAUCGCAACCAGUCCUCGAACCGCUUCGGAGCCUUGGGAGGAGCCAACACAGGCGGCAAUGACAACGCGUUAUCAAAAUACAGCAUAGCCCCCGAAGUCAUCGAGAAGGAUCUGACGUCUGAGGCGCCACAAUGGAUCUUGUCUGCGUAUGCCCCGGGGCGAGACGCUCCGGACCAGCUCUUUGGAGGCUAUCCGCGCGAACAGAGCUUCGAGGAACUCAGGCUCCACUAUCUCGCGGGCAAAGCCUCAGGAAACGAACAGCAGGCUCUGAACGAAGCACAACAACUGUACCAAAACGCGAAGCAGCAAAUGGAAAGCGCGGCGCGAAAUCCCAUGGAAGCGGCACGAUUCAUCGUCGAAGGAGAGAACCGGCACCCGAACAGACAUGAUAUAUGCAGAGAGGGAACCCAGGGCGCGCCGUUUGGGGUGUUUUCCGUGGGAAGAAGGCCGAACGCAGCCGCAAGCCCCUUUGGCGGGAACACGGCGACGCAGACAACAGCAAGCGCCUUUGGCCAACCAGCCGCUCUGGGACAACGGCCCAAUCCCUUUGGCCAACCCUCACAGUCGGCAUUCGGACAGCCAACUCAACCAUCAUUAGCAUUCGGGCAACCGGCUCAGACGGCCUCUGCCUUUGGUCAACCACAAACGACGUCGGCCUUUGGUCAGCCGUCUGCUCUCGGGGCCAAACCUAGUCCGUUUGGUGCCCCGGCUUUUGGCCAGGCACCUCAGCCAAACGCCCAGCCCAGUGCAUUCGGGCAAUCCCAGACACAAGCAAGUGCUUUUGGCCAGCCUAGUCAGCUUGGUCAGAAGCCGAAUCCAUUUGGUUCUGCGGCUGGCGCCGGCGCAAGUCCUUUUGGCGCAACAAACGCUGGCCCUUCUCCUGCUGCCAAUCCUUUCGGCAGCUCACAAGGGCCCAGCGCACCCAAUCCCUUUGGCUCAAGCAUCUCGAACCAACCCAACAAUGCCCCCAGUGCAUUUGCUCAGCCGGCUCAACCUGCAGCUGCCUCUCCCUUUGGACAGCCAUCGGCACCUGCGGCCAAUCCAUUCGCAUCCGCAAACCAGGGCCCAGCAGCCCCUGCCGCCAAUCCGUUUGCCCAACAACAGCAACAACCUUCUCAGCCCAACAACCCCUACCCACCCAAUAGCUCCAAGCAGCAUCCUCCUAUCGAGAGCUAUAGCACAAGAACAAUGGAUGGGCGGCUUGCCACGUUCAAAGGGCAGCCUGUAACAUAUCAAGGUGGACAGCCUGGCAUUCGUGCGUUUGACGGCACAUGGACGAGGAUAUGGUUCCCCAACGGGCCCCCAGGAUACAACAAGGAUACAGAACUACCUAUUCAAGAAUACAGCGACACGGUGAAGAAACAGUGGGCUGCCUUUGCCCAGACGGGGGUAUUCGCGGACGGACUGAUGCCAGAGCUACCACCGCCGCGAGAAUGUACACAGUGGGAUUUCUAA